UAGACUCUCAACAACUUCUUUCAAUCAUAACUAAUGUCUUUAAAAAACGUGAGGUGGAGAGCGAUGGCGUUAAGAGAUGCAAAUAUUCCAGAUUUAUACUCCACCUUAAGGAUAAAGAGGGUGCCGGAACAGUUAUAAAACAACUAGAGAGUGUAUUUAGUCUUAAUAAAGAUCCAUUUACUGCUCAACUGAUAGCAAGGUUUUAUAUUGAAAUUAAGGAUUGGACCAGCGCCGAGAAGUGGGCGUUAAAGGCUAUAAACAUGCGCCCUGACAGCUCUUUUCUCUGGGACACUUAUGGCCAGGUUUACAAAAGUCAACUGUUUGACAAAACCACAAUGAAAACUGUAGAUGCACGCGAUGUUUUGAAAGGGAGUGAAAUCCACGAACUAAUUACUCUAACAAAUAAUUGUCUUACAGCGUUUAGAAAAGAACAACAGAUUAGUGAGCGGGAGACUUCAACAUUUGAAGAGAACAAUUUUGCUGGAUAUUUUGGUGAACUUAGAGCUAUUGUAAUGCUAUUGAAUCUAUUAAGACUGUCCCCGUGUUUUAAAGGAGAUAACACAUUGCACACGUUUUUAGUUGAUCGUCAUUUCAAACCAGCGGAGUUAAACUUUCUCUCCGAAACGGAAUGCACCUUUCUAAAAACGCUGGAGAGCUCUUCAAAAGACGCCAUGCGUCGUCUUGACGAUGAGUAUCUUCAAAUGAAAGAAAACAAGUUGGUG